AUGAUCCAACAAUUUGGGCUCCUUCCUGCUUUCUCUCCCUUAAAGAAACACAAUCACCCACAAACACAAUCACCAAACUCCAUCAUCUUCACCAACAACAACAACCUGCUACCACCACCACUGGAUCACCACCACCCUGAAGCUAGCACCACCACCCUCAAGCUCCACCCACCACCGUUGGACUGCCAUCAUCAAGCUCCACCACCACCAUUGGACCGGCUGCACCACCACCACCGUCGAGCUCCGCCAACGACCGUUGAACCGCCAUCAUCAAGCUCCACCACCACCAUUAUCAAGCUGCACCACCACCACCGUGAAGCUCCGUCAACCUCCAUUGAACCACCGUUGAACCGCCAUCAUCAAGCUCAAGUUCCGGCCAGUUUCGUUUUAUUGUUUAGAAAAUGUAUAGUUAUGUAA